AUGCUCUCAUACAACUUUGCAGGUUUGGUGGCGGUUGUAGCUUUCGCGCGGGAUGCCUUCGCAGCAUGCAAUCGAACAGCACUGCUCGAGUUUGCGGACGCAUAUGUCUUUGCGCAUGAAAAUGGUCAAGUAAGUUAUCUCGAAAAUAUCGCCGAUAACUUCACAUACGUCGAGAACAACAAGACCCGCGAGAUAACUGGCGGCAUCUUUUUCAAUGCAUUUGUGAUCGACCACCGCCACACGAUCGCGGACACAGUGGAAUGCGCAACAUACACAGAGCUGAUCAUCACGCGCAAUGCCUCGGGCGCAUCGACACCCCACGUCAUCGGGACGCAGAUCCGACAUAACCCGACAGAUAUGAGCUGCUAUCUCAUCGACCUGAUCGUAUCGAGCCCAGGGUCGUGGCUCUUCAACGCCACGCAGACGCUGUAUUGGGCACGGCGGGAGAACUGGUCCGUUAUCGAGGAGUCGAAGCGUGACAAGCGCGAGACCCUCAAAGCGGCCGCCGACGCAUACCUAGACAUGUGGAGUAACAAGAGCGCUAUCAACGCGGUCCCGUGGGGGACGCCAUGCGCCCGUCUUGAGGGCUCCGCGUACACGGGCAACGGCGGACCGAACGAUAGUUGCAAGCCUGGAAUUCCCACGAACAAUUCGCAGGCGCCCAACUCACAUCGCCGAUACGUGAUUGACGAGUCGUACGGAUCCAUAGAUGUCUUGUGCAUCUUUGAGCAUCUCGCGAACGCACCCGAUAGCCAUGAGUUUCGUCUGGAGAAUGGCAAGUUGCGAUACAUUCAUACUAUCACUCUCGCUGAUAGUAACGUUGUGCAUCCCUGA